GACGGAAAAGCAGUGCGACAUAUAAACAACUCGAGGCUUUAAACAAGGAAUAUUUGAUUGACAACAGGGAUGUAAUAAUGGGAAAGUAGAAGCUGAAGGAGGGGAAAACUCCCGGUUUGUGCAGUCAUGGCUUCUGAACUCCACGAAGCCAUUUUUAUGGCCAAACAAGAGAGACACAAGAAUCUUUUCCUGAACUACAGGAACCUCAAUAAUUUCCCUGUAGAGCUGCUGAAAGAUGAAGGCAUGCAGUUCCUCGAGCGUCUCUUCAUGAAGAGAAAUUCCCUCACCACACUGCCGGAGAAUCUGGCUCAGAAAAUUCCCAACCUCAUUGAACUCUACCUGCACUCUAACAGCAUUGCAAUAAUUCCUCAAGCGAUCGGUGAGCUGGUGAAGCUGCAGUCACUGGAUCUGAGUGACAACGCUCUGCAAAUCAUCUGCCCAGAGAUUGGUCAGCUGCGCUCAUUACGACAUCUGCGAUUGGCCAACAAUCAACUCAAAUUCCUCCCGCAAGAGCUGGGAGAUUUGCGAGAGCUGGAGACUCUGGACGUAUCGAUGAAUCUCCUGAGGACUCUUCCUGAGCGUCUCCAUCAGUGUGAGUCUCUGCAGUGUCUGACGGCGGACCGAAACCUGCUGCACUGCCUCCCUCGCCAGCUCUGCCUGCUGCCCAACCUCAAUGAGCUCUCCAUGGCUGCCAACUGCCUGACAUCACUUCCUCUCGAUCUGGGACGCUCCAUGGAGCUGCAGUUUGUGUUCGUAGACAACAAUGCUCAUCUAAAGGGUCUCCCAUCGUAUCUUUAUAACAAAGUCAUUGGCUGCAGUGGAUGUGGUCUGGCUCUGCAGAUCUCGGACGUGAAGCAGCUCUGCUUGACUUUGGGAGAUGUGACUGUUCCUCUGCCCUCUGAAGUGAAGGUCAUCGGCUCUGAGUCUGAGGGAGUGCUGCCUCUAGAAGAGCUGGCCUGCAGGGUCUUACAUGCGGCCUACGACUGGACAAGUAAAGAUGUGAAGCUCCGGACUCCGUUCCUGAUGCCCAAGAGUCUGCUGGAUGUGGUUCAGUGGCCUCUGGGUCACUGUCACCGCUGCAGUCAGCCCAUGUUCACCAUCAUCUACCCUAAACUCUUCCCUCUCAGAGAAACUGCCCUCGCUGGAGUGCACAGGAGAAGCACAGUGAGUUUUGUAGCGUACUGCUGCUCCAGCCGGUGUAUGAGCACGUUUGACCUGCAGGCCUGACGAUGGGCCUUCAUCAACACUCAUCUUUUAUCUUCACUGAGGACUUGAAGAAUCUCAAAUCAGACAGACAGACAGAGAAAACUGACACCUGUCUGAGUUUCAGAAACACACCCCACUGUUCCACAUCCUGAAAAACAAAACCCGCAUUCGGGUAAACCUAAUGACAUUUCACAAAUGAAUGUAGAAUGAGAGUCGAAGUAUUGUUUGUUUUGGGAUUAUUACGGUUUACUGUAACCAAAAUGUUGCAUACUGUACUGUUUAUUCUAGUGCUGUUCAAUAGUUAAUCGUGACUAAUUGUGUACAAAUUAAGAGUUUGUAUUUACAUAUGUAAAUAUGUGUGUAUAUUUAUUAUGUAUAUAGACAUGGACACACAUUCAUAUAUUUACUUUGCAUAUAUUUAUAAAUAAUUUUAUGUCAUAUAUAAAUAUUUCAUGUAUUAAUAUUUUGUAAAAAAAAAAAAUCUUUAUGUAUACAUGGAUGUGCUGUACACACAAUUAUUACGUACAUGCAAGCUACAUUUUGUAUGCAAUUAGACACGAUUAAUUGUUAAACGGCAGAGAAUCAAAAUGCUCUUUCAGAUAGGGUUGUUUUGAGAGUAUUAUGGUAUACUGUAACCAAAAAGUUGCAUACUGUAUCAUUUAUUCUGUUUCAGAGUAGUGCUGUUCAAUAUUAAUCGUGACUAACUGCAAACAAAUUAAAAGUUUGUAUUUACAUAA